GCGCAUAGGCACACUCCAGAAGGAGGUGAUUGACAGUCUUGUUCCCCCCGCGGCCGCUUCGAAGGCAGCGUGCGGUGGCGCAGAGAUUCCGGGCAUGCAUAAACGAUCUCACUAGCAAAGCCCCUCUCACCGUCAGCCAAGCAAUGUAGUUCCACUUCCCAAGUGCCCAUUGACUCUUAACAACACGGAGGCAUUAGUGACUGACGGUGGAUCCAGACCAAUGGGAACAGGGGGCGGUACGGGAGGACCAAGUCUGGAGAGUUUGUCCUCCAACCAAUUGCGUCUCGCACAGAAUCACUGCUCCAGGAGGGCCGCGCAGGCGCAAAGCUCCCGUGAUCGAGGGGUUGACAGCGCGAAGUUUCAGAAGGGAGGCGCUAAAAGGGAAUUUUAAAGGGAGGGUUUACAAAUGGAAAGCUUGAACCAAACAUCAGAUCAAAACCUGAGAGAUAAGCUCAGUUCAUCAGAUGAAUAUCAUCGGCCUUUGAACGUGGAAGGAGAAAGCACUGUUCACAGUGAAGAGAAACUGUACAUUUGUUCUGUGUGUGGACAAGGUUUCAGCCAGCCAUCUGACCUGGCAAAACAUCAGUGUGCUCACAACAGGGAGAAACCGUGGAAAUGUGGGGACUGUGGGAAGGGAUUCAAUUGCCCAUCUGACCUGGAAACUCAUUGGCGCAGUCACACUGGGGAGAGACCGUUCACCUGCCCUGAGUGUGGGAAGGGGUUCACUCAGUCAUCUGACCUGCUGAGACACCAACGAGUUCACACUGGGAAAAGGCCAUUCACCUGUACAGAGUGUGGGAAGGGAUUCUCUCAGUCAUCCCACCUUCUGACACAUCAGCGAAUUCACACAGGGGAGAGGCCAUUCACUUGCCCUGAGUGUGGGCAGGGAUUUACUCAGCUAUCGACCCUGCUGAGACACCAGCGAAUUCACACCGGCGAGAGGCCUUUCACCUGCCCCAAGUGUGGGAAGGGAUUCACUGAGUCAUCCCAUCUGUUGACACACCAGCGAGUUCACACUGGGGAGAGGCCUUUCACCUGCACAGUGUGUGGGAAAGGUUUCAUUCGGUCAUCUACCCUCCUGAUACACCAGCGAGUUCACAACGGGGAGAGACCAUUCACUUGCUCCAAGUGUGGGAAGGGAUUCACAACCUCCUCUACCCUCCUGAAUCACCAGCGCAUUCACACCGGGGAGAGGCCAUUCACUUGCUCCCAGUGCGAGAAGGGCUUCAGUCAGUUAUCUAAUCUGCUGGCACACCAGCGAGUUCACACUGGAGAGAGGCCAUUCUCGUGCUCUGAAUGCGGGAAAGGAUUCACCACCUCUUCCACUUUGCUAAAUCACCAGCGGGUUCACACUGGGGAGAGGCCGUUCACCUGCCCCGAGUGUGGGAAGGGAUUCAGUCAGUCGUCCAACCUGCUGACACACCAGCGAGUUCACACUGGGGAACGGCCAUUCAUCUGCACCAAGUGUGGGAAGAGAUUUGCUCGUUCAUCCAACUUGCUAACACACCAGCGAACCAGCACCAUGGAGAAACCGUGGAAAUGUGAAGAUUGUGGGAAAGGAUUUAAUUACUCAUCACGGUUGGAAAUCCAUCGACGCACUCAUUCUGGGGAGAGGCUGUUCACCUGCACCGUGUGUGGGAAGGGAUUUGCUCGGUCAUCCAAUCUUUGUUCACACCAGCGAGUUCACACUGAGGAUAAGCCAUUCAGCUGCACAACCUGUGGACAGAGCUUCAGAUCUUCAGACACACUUACUGAACAUGAGCGAAUUCACACAGGGCAGAAACCAUUCAGUUGCUUUGUGUGUGGGACGAGAUUCUCUCAGUUACACGCCCUUGAGUCACACCACCAUUUUCACACGAAGGAGAAUCCAUUUCGCUGCACUUCCUGUGGAAAGACAUUCAAGCAUUCGAUCGACCUCAAAGAACACCAACGCACACACGCUAGUGAGAAGCCGUUCACCUGCUCUGUGUGUGGGAGGAAAUUCCCUUGGUCAUCCCAACUGCUGACACAUCAGCAAGUUCACAUUGUGGAGAGGCCAUUCCCCUGCUCUGUGUGUGGGAUGGAAUUCACUCAGUCAUCCCAUCUGCAGAGACACCAACGAAUCCAUAAGUGACUGCAGGGCUUUGAUUCUGCUGUAGCUGCUGCUAUUAAUCAUGUCUGAGAUUGAGAAUUGAUCAUAUUUGGUUUGUGUCUGAUAUUAACACCCCUGUAACUGUGGCUGGAAUUUAAUUUGAUUUUCAGGGCUAGACUCUUUCUUCUUGAACACAUAUCACCUGUGAUCUUUCUCCUUGAACUGGGAACUUGGUAACAAUAAAAUUAUGAAUUUUUACUUUAAUCCUAAAUUGAUUUUUGGUGCAAAAUCUGCUGUUCAGAAUCUGGGAAGUUAAUAUCUCCUCGUAGAAAAUCUCUUUUAAUUUUUGCUGACAGUUUUGACUGAUGCACAUUCUUCACGUUGACACCUCCAUUAUGGCAUUAAAUUAAGUCAAGGGUCAUGAAUAAUAAUGAAAUGUUUUGCAGAGAAAUCAAUAAAAGCUUUAUCAAUCAACAUUGAUAUUGAUGAAGUUUGGAAGUUGCUGGGAUCAAUCAUUUUUGACACGACAGCAGCAACAUUUGGUAAAGGCAGAACCACAUCAAAGAUUGGUCUGAAUACUGCUUGGCAGAUAUUACUUCUGUCAUUGAAGCAAACAAAAAGAGAUGAUUUAAUGUACAACACCAAUGCAACAGCUAGAAUGCUACAUCAUCUGUAAGUAGUCAAGACAGUUGUGCAAAGGAACAGAUACAGGGCAAAGAAUCACUGAAUCAGGCAUGUCAGGAAAUCCAAACUGCCUGUGGUCAUGUUAAUUUACAAGCUGUGUCUGAUGGGAUCGAGAGAACUCUUGGUCCCAUUAUGGGGAAGGUUGCCCCCGAGAAAUUUGGAGUUGAAGUAUCCACUGGAGGAAGUCAACAGAUAUCUCGCUGGGUUUAACAUGACUGGGCAAUAUUCCUGUGAGAUGACUAUCCCCUAGUCUCCAUUUGAUGCUGUCCUGCUGCUCCUGUCAUUGUUGUGUCAGGUGUGGAACCCUUGUCACCUGACCAAGAAAAGGCCAUCGAUUGUGGAGGAAGCAGCAAGUUUCCCUGCAAGGAUGGAUCACAACCGAACUACCCAAAUGCAAAACGUCCACCCUACUACUGCACCUUCAUGACCACCUUCUCCUUUGUUAGGAGGCAAGGUCUAUCCCAUAGGACAUGCACCUACAAAAACAAAAGAAACAGAGGAGUUUACAGGAACUGUGGGAACAUCCCACUCCUUACUGUCACGGGGAAGACCUUCGCCAGGGUCAUGCUGAACAUACUCCAUCCACUUACAGAUUGAGUGUAUCCAGAAGCACAGUGCAGUUUCUGUGCUGGUGGUUCGACGGUGGACAGGAUUGUCUUCAGACACCAGCUAUGAGAGUAGUUUACAAUCAGCAUUUCAUCUAAAAUGCUACCAGUUUCUGUGCUGAGAAAAGUGAAACAUUUUCACGACAAAAUGAAAGUGGAUCUUUAAGGAUGCAUUACAAUUUACUUGAGCAAUUGUAAAGGGACUAAAAAUUUGAUUUCCCCAAAGAUAAUUUCAGACUUGUAGUUGUUUCCAAGCUCUCAAGCUGUGGGACUCCCUACCCUGUAACUGUUUUGCUUUGUCUAAAAUGGUUAAAGUACGUCCAACAGCUUAUAUUUUUAAAAACUUUUCUUUCUCUUCAGUUACAUUAGUCAUUUGGAGAAGAAACAAAAUAACAUUUGACAAAGCUGAGAAAAGUACCAAAGACUUGGAAACAAAGUUUGAAAUGGCAUUUGAUUUGUAGUUCUGAAAGAAAGUUGUGCAAAAUUGACCAAAUCUUGAUCAUUUGUAAAUGUUUGCUGAGCCCUUUUACAAACAAGCAGAGGAGUUAAUCCUUUCCGCUGAUGCAACGAUGACAAUUUGAACAAAGCACCACGUUUUAAGAUUGACCUCCAUCCCAUUUGUUAUCUUUAAUGAAAAAUUGCUUGAAAACUGGAGUUAUUGCUAAACUGAUUGUAAGUAUUUCUGCCUCUGAUCUGCAGACACCACAUUCUGAAAAUAUUGAAUUGGACAGUAAAAUUCGACCAACUCUCCUUCAUGAGAGAGAAUGAAAAUUAAUGCAAUUCUGCACUUAGAAUAAAGAAGGAAUUCACUCCAAACAGGAAUUGGAAUGACUCUCCCUGGGUCUAAUUCAAUGGAUUAUACCAUUUACAUUCUGGUGGAAGUCACAAAGUGAGGAUGAGAUUCAUAAAUCAAUACCCUUCUCUUGGAGAUGUUUGCUUGCUUCAGAACAUUGUAAGAAACUGAAUGUGAUCGUCUGGCCACUGCCUGACACAUUGGAACUGAGCUGGGGGAGUUAAGCAAAGAUUUUCAAACUGACACUUCCUUGAUCUUCUGGUAAGGUUAUCAGAAAGUCAUGAAUGGCUUUUAUCAGAUUGCACUUGUCGCUUGAUUGGGACAGCAGUAUGAGUAAGAGAUAUGAUUUUAUACGCCUUGAAGAUUAACAUGGAAAUGCGUGGUGAAGCUGCACUGAAUAACAUGUCCCAGACAUGUUCAGCAACUCAACAACAAAACAGCAUGAAAUUGUUACAAAUGUCCAUGGGAUGACAUUGUAAAUCAUUAAGGCACUAACAAACACUCCAUUGAGCAGGUGACUUUAAGAUCAUGAGGAUAGAUUGUACCCACUAGUAUCUAUCAGAGGGAGUGACAUUGAUGUAAAGACAGACAGAGAAUCUGCAUUGAGGAAACAACUACAAGGUGGAUGAAGGCAAAUGCAGAGACCUGGAGAAUUUUUAAGUUCCCACAAGAAUUAUAAUUUGAACCAUGGAGGUUGACGACGUGUCAACAAUUAAAAAUGUGAGACUAAAUCUGCAAAUGGAAAGAGAUAAUUAAAAUUGACAUUUUUCACAUCACUAAAAAUAUUCUGACAUUUGGUCUUGGAGGCAGCAAGGUUUUGCACUGCUGAAUCUGAAUCUUCUAGCAACUUCAGUAUGUUUAUAGUAUGUGUUCAAGGAAUUAGGAAAACAAGCUCAUAGGUUAGUAGUGGCUGGAGUUGUGAGAAAUUGAUUUUGAUGUUCCCUACUCAAGACUGGGAGAUUUGAAAAUAAUCAUUUUAUGAAAUAGGAAUCUGAAUGAUUGCCAAUGGGUAUUUUUCAGGCUGAAGGAAGAUUUGUAGUGGAGUCCAUCAGGGGUUAGCACUGGGUCCAUUGUUUUUCCUGAUCUGUGUUAAUGAUCUGGAUCCUAGUGUGUAGGUAGCAGUUUCAAAGUUGGCACAUGUCACAAAACCUGGAAACAUUGUAAACAAUGAGAAGGAAAGCGUAGAAUGCCAACAGGAUGCGGACAGGUUGGUGGGUUGGGCUGACAUGACAGAUCAAAUUCAAUGGAGAAGUUUGAGGUCGUUCAUUUUCAUAGGAAAAGCAUGGGUGGACAGUACAAAGUAAGGGGUGUUACUCUAAAGAGGGGUGCCGGAGCAGGGGGACCUGGGUGAUUGUGCACAGUUCAUUGAAGGUGGCAGAACAAAUGAAGAGUGCAGUUAAUAGAGUGUAUAGUAUCCUGGGCAGCAUUAAUAGAGUACAAGAGCAUGGGGGUUAUGCUGAACUCAAAUAUGGCACUUGCUAGACCUCACCUAGAAUACAGUAUGCAGUUCUGGGUACCAUGCAAUAAAAAAGAUAUGAACAAAUUGGAGAGAAUAGGUUUACAGGAAUGGUUCCAGAUUGAAGGGGUUUGAACUAUUCUUAGUGAGAUAGAAGCUAGAAGGAGAUCUAUUAGAAGUUUUUAAAAUCAUGAGGGAGCUGGAUAUAUUAGAGAGAAACUAUUCUUGCUCAUAAAUGGAUUGAGAAAUAAACAGUACAGAUUUAAAGCAAAUUACAAAAGUAGCAAAGUAAGGGAAAAAAAAACUUUCACACAACGAGUAGUUGCACUGACUUGAAUUAUGUUGAGGCAGGUUCCGAUGAAGAUGACAUUGUUUCUAUUCAAAUAAUGAUCCAAUGUGCGAGGGUAUUAGGAAAAGUCAGGAGAGUGGCACUAAUUCAUAAUAUUUGGAGAGCUGAUGCAGACACACUGACCUGAAUGAUCUCCUUUUGCACUGUAACACUGCUGUAAUUUUGUGAUUUAAUAAUCUUUGCAGCUUUUAUGGAGUUAAAAUGUAGAAUUGUGGGUUCCAUUUCAGGUAGAUCAGAUAUUGUUUACUUUAAGUUUCUUUCAAAAAUAAUGUUAGCACUUUAAGUUAGGUCAAAAGGCUUUUAGAAAACCUUGAAGUUGCUAUGGAGACAAUUGCUGAGGAUGGAGCUAUGACUGUAAGAUAUAGAAGCAAAAUUUUAGAAUUUUGCAGCAACACAUUUGAUUGGCUAUUCCUGGCUUGCCACAUUUGGUCUGGGACUUAAAUAUGGCACCGGCUGUGCGGAUCCCAGGAGGCCCCAUCAGAAUUGACAGCACCACCACUGGUGACUACCAGAUGAUGCAAGUGUAGCUAAACAGCAUAGAAAUUGUCAGGUAACUCACCAGAACUGAUGGAGAGAACGCCUCCAUAAAACUCCCUGAAGGUGACACUUCUGGUUAAAAACUCUGUCCAUUAUUUCUUACAGCUGACUCAUCAGAUAAUAUGUUUUUGAGAGAAAAGCAAUUAUCCUAGGACAUUAGUAUCGUAGCAUGAAUAGUUGCUUCAUUAAAUGAAGAUGUGUUCAGAAAGAUUUUUCUGAAGAAGGGUCUAGGCCUGAAGCGUCGGCCUUCCUGCUCCUCUGAUGCUGCUUGGCCUGCUGUAUUCAUCCAGCUCUACACCUUGUUAUCUCAGAUUCUCCAGCAUCUGCAGUUCCUACUAUCUCUGAGUCAAUGAAAGAUGAUUUUCUCAAAAAGCUGUCAGGCCAUCCCAAUAUAAUAUGAAAGAAAAUCAUGGACAAUCAUGUUAGCUGUGGGAGAUUUUAACACAUAUGGAAGUAAAAUGGUUAUGCUGGUGUUCUGUUUCAAAAUUGCUUGUCAUGACUGGCUUGUAAUUUUGCUGUUCCCACGCGUUUACUUUGAACACAUGACAUAGAGGUUCGUAGGCACAGUAGCUAAGUUUCCAGCUUUUGAUUUCAUUUAGAUUUUUAAAUUUAGUUUGACUUAUUGUUGUCACAUAUACUGAGAUACAGUGAAAAGCAUUGUUUUGUGUGCUAAACAUGCAGAUCGUACCAUACAAGUGCAUCUGGGUAGAGGAACAGAUUACAGACUCAGUCUGGGAUUGUGCAGCUGCAGUCAGCAUUAACUAAGAGAAACCCAAGUGGUGAGCCUGAACAAAGUGUGGAAGUUCCACCAAAAAUUUCUGCAGUUGCUGUGGUCAUUUUCUUUUGUAAUGAUUACUUUGUUAUUGUGCUUGUAACUUUAGCCACAGUCUUAAAUUUGUUCAUGGAGUCUGUUUCGUCCACUUAGCGUUGGAGACUGGGUAGCAUGCUUGCCUUAGAUUUAGAAGGUUCUGGGUUUAAAUCAAGCUCCAGAAACUUGAGUACAAAAUCCAGGUACACAAGUCAGUGCAGCACUGUCAGAGAUACCAUCUCUUAGAUAACAGCCCCUUUGCGCCCCAAGUGGGAUAGAUCGUUAAAUAGAAUGUUGUUAUUUAUUUGUGUUCAUGAAGCCUUGCUGUGUGCAAAUUGGCUGCCAUGUUUCCAUUGAUGAUGUUGUGAAUGUGUAAAAUAUGAACUAUUAAUCUUCAUUUUCAUUGACUAAUCUAAUACUUGGGACAUUUGUUUGGAAGAAAAUGCCAUUAAAUGUGUCAGGACAUUUUAGAACACACUGUCUGUACAGACUACCUGAUCUACCACAGGGACCAUAAGAUCAUAACAUAUGGGAGCAGAAUUAGCCCAUUGAGUCUGCUACACCAAUCAUGGCUAAUAUGUUUUCAACUCCAUUCUUUGGCUUUCUCCCCAUAAUUCUUGAUCCCCUCACUAAUGAAGAACCUAUCUGUCUCUGACUUAAACACUUGUCACUUGGCCUUCUCAGCCCUCUGUAGUAAUGUGUUCCACAGGUAACCACCCUCUGACUGAGAAAGGUCCUCCUCAUCUUGGUUCUAAAGGGUCUUCCCUUCACUCUAAGGUUUUACCCUCAGAUCCUAGGCUGUCCUAUUGCGGAAACACUUUCUCUGAGUCCACUCUGUUGAGGCCUUUCCCUAUUCUGUAAGUUUCAAUCAGAUCUCCUCUCAUCCUUCUGCAUUCAAUUGGGUACAGCCCAGACUCCUCAAGUGCUACUUCUAUGACACGCCCUUCAUACCUGGGAUUGUACUGUGAGCCUCUUCUUGAUCCCUCCAAGGCCAGCACUCUUUCCUUAGAAAUAGGGCACAAAACUGCUCAUAUUACAAAUGUGGUCUGACCAGGGCCUUAUACAGCCUCAGCAGUACAUCCCUGCUCUUGUAUUCUCACCCUCUCAAAAUGACUGCUAACAUUGCAUUUGUCUUCCUAACAGUCAAGUGAACCUGUAUGUUAACCUAAAGAGAGUCCUGAACUGGGACUGCCAAGUCCCUUUAUGCUUCAGAUUUCCAAAUCCUCCCCCCACCAACUAGAAAAUAAUCCAUGGCUCUGUUCUUCGUACCAAAAUAUAUAACCUCACACUUUUCUGCAUUGUAUUCUAUCUUCCACUUCUUUGCCCACUCUCCCAGUCUAUUUAAGUCCUUCUGACCCUCCCUGCUUUCUUAACACUGACUGUCCCUCUAUAUUUUUCUUUAUGUCAUCUGCAAAUUUAGCAACAAUGCCCUCAGUUCCUUCUUCCAGAUUAUUAAUUUAUAAUGUUAAAUAAUUGUGAUCUCAUCACUGACUCCUGCAGAACUCUGAGUCACCGUGUGCCAUCCUGAAAGAGACCCCUUUAUUCUCACCCUGUGUGUCCUAUCAGUCAAUCAAUCCUCUAUGCAUACCAGUAUCUUGCCCCUAACACCAUAUAUUUAGCAACCUCCUGUCAAAGGUCUUCUUGAAAUCCAAACAGGUGACAUCCACUGGCUGUCCUUUGUCUAACUUGCUUGUUACCUCCCCAAUUUUAACAGAUUUGUCAGGCAUAACUUCCCCUUGACAAAGCCAUGCUGACUCAGCCUGUUUUACCAUACACUUUCAGUACUCCAUAAUCUCAUCCUUAACAAUGGACUCUUAAAAUCUUACCAAUGACUGAGGUCAGGCUAACUGGCCUAUAAUUCUGCAUUUUCUGCCUCCCUCCCUUUUUGAAUAGGGAUGUUACGUUAGCUAUUUUCCAGUCCUCUGGGACCCUUCCUGCCUCCAGCGAUUCCUGAAAGAUCGUCAACCAAUGCUUCAACAGGCUCCUCAGCUAUUUCCUUCAGAGCCCUGACAUGUAGUCCAUCUGAUCUGGAUGAUUUGUCCACCUUCAGACCUUUCAGCUUCCCAGCACCUUCCUCUUAGUGAUGGCCACUACAUUCACCUCUACCCCCAUGCUCAAAAUAAAAAAAAAGGUAUUGGUUUAAAAAAUGUAAGUGAAAAGAUAUCUGACUUGGAGUUUGGAGAGAUGUAGUCUGCUGCAUUUAACCAAAAAACUUGUUCUGUCGAUUUAAGAGAGAAAGUGAAUUUCCCAAAAUUAGAUAGAACCAAGUUGCUGUGUAAGGGGAAAAGAUGUCCAAUUACAGAAUAGAUGUGAACAAAAUUUGUAGAUGCUGGUGUGUUCGCUGAGCUAGAAGGUUUGAUAGCCGACGUUUCAUCCCCUUAUUAGGUGACAUUCUCAGUGCUGUGGAGCCUCAAAGCACUGGUGUCUUGUGCUGGUUCAAAUUUAUAUGGUCCAGUUUUUGCUGCUGCUUUGAAUGGGACGAAUGUGGUCUACAAGAUACCAUGCGGAGACUGCACAAAAUACUACAUGGGACAAACAGGCAGACAACUAGCAGCCCGCAUCUACGAACAUCAGCUAGCAACUAAACAACAUGACCAGUUAUCCUUGGUUUCAAUACACACAGAUGAGAAAAACCACACUUUCAAUUGGAACACUACUACUAUCAAUGGACAAGCCAAAAAGAGGACAGCCAGGAACAAAAACAGAGGUUUCAGGAAAAGUUCACAGGUCUGGUAGCAUUUGUGAAGAAAAAAAUCAGAGUUGAUGUUUUGAGUUUGAUGACCCUCCCUCAGAAAUGGAAGUAAGCUGCUGAGCUUUUCCAGCAACCUCUGUUUUUGUUCCUGAUUUACAGCAUCUGCAGUUCUUUUGGUUUUUAUUACAGGACAGCCAGGGAAUUCUUGGAGGUUUGACAUUCAUCCACAGAUUCCAUUAACAAACAUGUUGAAUUAGACCCGAUAUACCGACCAUUACAAUGCGCAGCCAGAAUGGGCACCUACCAAAAGCAGCAAAAACCAGACCAAUUUGAGAUAACAAGGUGUGGAGCUGGAUGAACACAGCAGGCCAAGCAGCAGAGGAGCAGGAAAGCUGAUGUUUCAGGCCUAGACCCUUCUUCAGAAAUUGGUCUAUGUUCAUCCAGCUCUACAGCUUGUUAUCUCAGAUUCUCCAGCAUCUACUAUAGCUGAAACAAUUUUAACCCCACUGCAAAGCCUUUUCGAAGGAUGCCUACCUUGAAGAAGUUACCCUCCACCCUCCAGAGAGACCUCAGUGGAUCUCUCUCCCACUGCAGCUCAUUUCUGAAGAAGGGUCUAGGCCCAAAAUGUCAGCUGUCCUGCUCCUCUGAUGCUGCUUGGCCUGCUGUGUUCAUCCAGCUGUACGCCUUGUUAUUCUCAGAUUCUCCAGCAUCUGCAGUUCCUACUAUCUCCAUAUCAAUUUGAACUGGCACAAGACAACAGCACUUCACAGGAAGCUCCAUGCACUGAGGAUGUUACCUAGUAAGGGGACAAAAUGUCUGCUAUCAAACUUCCCAGAUUGGUGAACACACCAACAUUUACAACCAGCACCCAAAUUACACAUCUUCAGUCAAACCCUGAACAAAGUAUGUACAGCUGUCUGAUGGGUUAUGCUGUGCAACUGUCUACAACACCUGUAUCACCACAAGGAGGUCACAUUGGCUGGCUCAUAGCAUGAACUGUGCAGGCAAACAACGAGAAAGAAAAGGAUCUGUCUUCAUGAGUAUAAGUAUCUUUAAAAGUUUAUCCAAGUGAAAGCCACACUAGCAAAAAUGAAGCAGUGUUACGUCUGUUGGAUUGAGUUUAAAAUAGAAGAUUAUCUUGUUUAGAAUCAUUCUGUUACUUGCGCAGUGCACCUAUUUAAUCAUUGUGUGUGUUGUUUUGUUCAAGUUGGUAUAAUAAAGAUUCUUUUGUUGUUUCAA